CGGCCAUCGUCAUUUGGGGUGGUUUCCGGUGGAAUUUUUUGAUGAAUUUUUUUGAGCAUCUUAUUCAUCAAGUCUAGUUUACUCAUACCAAAUUUCAGCUAAAACUUCAAUUGGGGAGGUAUUAAAAUGAAUUUUUGAAGAUAACUGCGCUUCUAACUGGGAUACCUCUAUUUCUCUUUCCUGGUUUUACCCAAAUUUGAUUCACCCUAGUAUAUACGAAGUACUUUCGUUAAGAGUCUCAUUCUUAAACUACCCCUUUAUUAUUCUGCCGCCGUAUGUAUUGCCAUUAAUUUUCCAAAUUGUAGUCGUUACGAGUUUUGGAUUGGCGAACAGAUCUGCCAUGGAUGAGCAAAUACUCACACGAAUUCUGCUCUAUUUGCCUCCGAAAUCAGUUUACAGAUUCAGGGUCGUCUCGAAAUCAUGGAACGAUUUGAUUUCGCACCCUUUUUUCAUCCGGAGAUACGACAGUGAGCGGCGGGGCGGCGGUCUCGGGUUGUUGUUCCUCUUUUAUGAACAGAUGCUGCCCUGUAAUAUAAGAUACUCCAAACCGCCGAUGAACUCAAAUAAGAAUUGCAAGAUAGUCCCUCUUGACAUUCCCGGCUGUAGAAAAAUGGGAUGCCCGCCUGAAGAACAGAAACUAGGCAUGUUCAUCAAUUCUUCGAACGGUUUGAUCCUCUGCUACAGUUACUGUGGAGCCCUUGUUGUUUUGAACCCCUUCACGAAAAAAUCGGUCUCAUUACCGCCUCCGCCGCCACUAGUAAAUAGAUACGAAACCAUCGGGUUGAUGUGCGAAGAGAACAAAAGUGAAUUGGAAGCCAAGUACACCGUCAUCCGAAUUGUUUGCGAGUUUCGUCGACCCGAAAAGGAUAGUUUGCAUAUCGUGACUUACUCUUCCAACACUGGCUUAUGGGCCCCCACCAAACCGAGAGUGAUCAUAUCCGGCGACCCUCAUCGUGUGUUUCACGAUAUAUCAUCUCCUUUAGUGAUGAAUGGUGUUUUCCACUGGUACAACACGGACCGUGAGAGAUUAACAUUAGCACUUUAUCGUCCUGGCGGUGAAGAGGUCGUCCAGAUUCGGAGCUACGAUGGAAUUUAUAUUGCCAAGUACACCUCCACAGCUAUGACGAGGUCAUCCAUCGAAGACGGUGACACGCUAUGGUUCGGGUGCAUGGAACGCGAAAGCAUAAGUGUUUUCAUGCUCCAAAAUGACAUUCAAGAUGGCCGGUCUAAUGAUUUAAGUCAUCAAGAAUGGGUAUUUAAGUGUAGCAUUAGAUGUGAUUCUCUCAGGAGCGAGCUAGUCUUAUCAGAGGGGAUUCUAUUGAAAGGUUUGCUUUACAUUAAAAACAAGAAGGCUCCGGUUGCUUUAAUUUGUUUUAAAGGACAUAGACAUGGUAGGGUAUUUCUUUACGACUUGGACACUGACUCGUUGCUAUCCGCACCAUAUCAUGGACCGCUCACUACCUCCCAGCACCGGAAUGGAUACCUCUACAUUAAGCAUUUUCCAGAUGUAUAUCCUUACUUUGAAGCUUCCUCUCUUUCUACUUUUGCUCUUUAGGUAGUUAGUACUCCUUAUGUGUUUCUUAGUCAUUUUUUACAUUAUCUAUUUUAAAUUCAAUUUUUAAUCAAUUCUAUUUGACUUUUUUGAUUCAAUAAGUAUAUACAAU